AUGGAUGACGACAAACUUGUCAUGUUUGACGCCAAUGGCGCCAUUCGCAUGUACGACCCCGAAAAGUUUGACCAGCUGCUGAAGGCAAUUGAGGUGGAAAAGCGCUUUACAAGCCAUAUGGAUGACUUCAGGAAUGUGGUGAAUCAGACCAUGUCGAUUGUGGAGCAGCUUGGGAAGGCCAUCGAGCACGAAAAACUCAGGGCCAUUGGGUCCCGCAACAUUGUAGAGAGCGAGGCGGAGGAGCGUGCUCGCACGGUACAGGAGGCGCAGGUACGCCUUCGCGAGAAGCAGACGGAGCUGGACCGCUACAUCGCCGAGUACGACUCCCUCCGCAAGGUGGAGCAGGAGCAGCAGCUCAUUAUUCAGCGCCUCAGUCAGUCCACGCGGGAUUGA